GCUGUGGUCUUGUCUUGGCAGGGGUUGUCUAGAGCUUGGUCCUAGAGUCUGUGGAUAGCUAAACUUCCAAAGAGAGGAAUGGAGUCUCAAGUGCGUCAGAACUUCCAUGCUGAGUGUGAGGCUGCUGUGAACAGCAUGGUGAACCUGGAGCUGUAUGCUAGCUAUGUCUAUCUGUCCCUGUCCUACUACUUUGACCGUGAUGAUGUGGCCCUGAAGCACAUGGCCCAGUUCCUGAAGGAGCAGUCCCAUGAGGAGCAGGAGCAUGCAGAGAAGUUCCUGAAAUACCAGAACAAACGAGGGGGACGCAUUGUCCUGCAGGACAUCAAGAGGCCGGAGCGCGAUGAGUGGGGAAACAGCCUGGAGGCCUUGCAAUGCGCCCUGCAGCUGGAGAAAACUGUGAACCAGGCCCUGCUGGACCUGCACAAGCUGGCUACUGAGAGGAAUGACCCCCAUCUCUGUGACUUCCUGGAGUCUGAGUACCUGGAGGAGCAGGUGAAGACCAUCAAGCAGCUGGGAGACCACCUCACCAACCUGAAGCGCCUGGGAGUGCCCCAGAAUGGCUUGGGAGAGUACCUGUUUGACAAGCUAACCCUGGAGGACAGCAGUUGAACGGGACUCUAGGGAUAUUGCUUAUUUGGUGACUCAUCUGUAUGCAGAGGAAAUAAGAAUUGAGCUAUUUACUAUGAAUAAAACAUAGCUGUCAGUUGUAACCUGA